AUGGGGAACUCCGUGAAACCGUUUCGCGAAGAAUCGUGGACAAUUAAAACGACAAAAACUACAAAACGGAAAGUGAUCCGACAGCGCUCGACAGGUAAAAUUAUUCGUAUACAUGCUUAUAAAUGACAGAGAAAGAUGCUUUUGAUUGGGGUUUAGAAAGCGACGGCUUAUUAAUUUACGAAUAACUUAUAUACAGAGCGUUUAGUGCGCAUCUAAGUUUCACUUGUUCACUUGCACGUCUCAGUUUUUGAUCCCGCAUACAAGAUGAAUUUUAUGUAUAAAACAAAUAGAUAUUUAUCUUUGUGCAGUAGUAAGGAUCACUCGAUAAAAGAUGCAAUAUUUCCAACUUGCUUCUCGCCUCAUGGAAUGGACUACAUUUUAAUUAACCUCGUAUGAAAAUGCUUUUACCAUUCCACCAUUUCAUUGUCUCUAUACAUAUACAUUGUUUGGUGUUACUUUAUCUAUAUACAAGGCUUGAAAUAUUUAGAUAUUUAUAUUAUGCCGCAGGAUGUUAAUAUUCAUGCAAGUACAGUAAUACUUGAAUGUCAAAUAUGGCAUGCAGUAUUUUACCGCGCAAAAUAUUCGUAACAGACACACCGUCAUUUAUGUUCCUUCAACACAGUCCUUACUGUACCGAAGAGAAGGUACAACACAGUCCUUACUGCACCGAAGACAAGGGUAAUAUAGAACUGAUUAAGCUGUACAGGAUGAAAACGUCGGUUUAAAUGCCGUGGCCUGUGGAUUUUUUCUAAUAGAUUUUUGAGGCAAACGUUUGUAUUUGCGCAUAAGAAUGCAAGUUGUUCCCUUCCUUUUCGUGCGAAUUAUUUUUGCUCAGUUUUUAUUUUCGCGCUAUAUGGUCUGCAAGGGAAGUAUGUAUUUUAACAUAAACCAAUACAGCAUUACAGACACUGUAACGAAAUAACUCUUUGAGCUCAUAAUGAAAAUAUUCUUUCUGGAAAGUAUUUUUAGACGAAAUAGUUAUUAUCAUUAGUCGAAAUUUUCUCAUUUGUUAAGCAUAAUUUAUGUACCGACACGUACGCACAUUUCAGUUGUUUAUUUUACGAUUCCCCGUUAAAGAGAAUUAUUGAAUGCUUUCAUUGCUUUGUCAAUAUACACAGAAGAGCCUUGAUGCUUCUUUAAUGCAAAUUACUCCCGCCGUUUCUACGGAAAUAUUGGUUGUCAAAAACAACAUUCGAAUUGAAUUUACAUAUAUGUCAUAUUGAAGACACUUGAUUGUAAAUACAAGUCAUUUUCAAUUGUUGUUAUCCACACAAGUUAGAAAGUCUCCUAAGGCUGGAUAUAUCGAGAGUAUAAAUACUACAUACAGUGUGAUUUUAAUAAAGCAAGUAUUUUAUUAUAUUAGACGACACUAAAUGUUCGUAAUGGAAUAUUAAUGAAGCUCACUUUUUUGCAUAUAUAUAAGACCAUGUAAAUAUAAUAAUAUUAGUAUUUAGUUAUUAUUGUUACUGCAUGCCUGACGUCACAGAAGCAUGAUUGCGUGCGCAGAGGACUGAGAACAAGUUACAUUAUAUAGUGGGCAAUAUAGCCAUAUACAUUGCCAUAUACAUGAGGCAUCCUCGUUCCCAGGGCCUCACGGCCGCGCGCGACCUGCAUAAACCCUGGGAUACACGGAACCAAAAAUGCAGGAACAACUUGCAGUAGUUUCUAAAGCGCAUGCUCUUGAACUGGGACACUUCAGCACCCGUAACAAUUUUCACACACAAGUAUUACGGUGUAUUUGUGUUGACAUAUUUUCAUAGAAAAAUUUUCCCUAGCGAAAAUUGCUCAACUUCUGCGAAAUAGCAGUUCUCUGAGAAGCCAAUCAGAUCUCUCCCUUUAGUCGUCUAACCCAGAGCCUAAUUUUCAACGAGUGACCGAGUGAAAAUGGCCCUGAGAACGAGGGUGUACGCAUUCUCGUACCCAGAGCCCUUCUUACGCGCGGUGCGACGAGGGGCUCUGGCCAAAUCCAUAACCGGAUACCUUAAAAACAUGGUAAGAAAACAAUAUCCUGUGUUAGAACUAGCCAAUCAGAUGCCAGUUCGGAAUAUGGAUUUAGCCAGAGCCCGUCGUCGCACCGCGCGUAAGAAGGGCUCUGGGUACGAGAAUGAGGGUGUUUAAACAGCUGGUGGCAAUUUCUUAUUUUAUCCCACAGCUGUUAGCGUCUUCACUUCAAAUAUAUUCUGUUUGUUCUGUACUUGAAACUAAUGCAUGUCUAUGACUCGCUGGUGUUAAAUAUCACCCGCCGUCGAAAAUGUGCAUUGCUACGUGACAUCAGUAACAUAUAAGAAAUUUCCCAUUCAGUGAUCAUUUCACUCGCGAACAUAGCAACUGUGUUUUAUAAUAUCAUGAAAAUUUGAAAUUUUUGGAUGUCUUCAUUGUUAAGGUAUGAAUUGUUGAAACUCACUUUGUCGUGGCGUUCAACGUUUAAAUAUGAGAAAAUUUUCAGUUGAUGUAUUAUUUAGUCGCGAGUAACGCGCAGGCGUAUUUUAUAAGAGCAUGAAUGUUUGAUAUUCGACUGAAAGUUUUCAUUUUUAAGAUAAGGCCAUGCGUGGUUACAACAGACAAAUUGCGCCUCAAUUCUUCCACGGUUGUAUAAUGUUAUAUAUAUAUAUAUAUAUAUAUAUAUAUAUAUAUAUAUAUAUAUAUAUAUAUAUAUAUAUAUAUAUAUAUAUAUAUAUAUAUAUAUAUAUAUAUAUAUUCUAGGACUCGCAUAACACCAUAAUGGCAUGAAAGAAACAAAUAUAUGAAAAAUACAAAAAAGCCCAUGGCUAUAUGCUCAGUGAUUUAUAUUACUUCCAUUCCUUUUAGCAUGAUAUGGCUUCAUGUCCAACAACAAAAGUUGCCUUGCGUGUGUAACAUGAUCGCCUUUAUGAGCGAAGAAAUGACCGAAAGAUGAGUGCAUGAAUAAAACUUAUUUGAUCAAAUAAAAUGACGAAAAUCAUGAAGGUGGUUCAUAAAAUUCAAACUCUAUGCAGAAAAGCCCGCGGUGAAACAAGGCUGAGAGUUGAUGAGAGUAAUGCAGUCACGCAUUGCUGUAGGCGACAUAAGCUCGAUAGAUUAACAAAAUAAAGGUUUUAUGAGUUAUGUUUGAACUUAAAUAAAAAUACAUUAUAGUGUUGGGAAAGCAUUAAAAACAGCUGACCAAGAUCACGUGACUGCCACUCUCAUCCCCGUUUGAUCCACGCUUAAGAUUACCAAAAUCUGUGGUUUUAUAUAUAAAGUUGUGGCAUGCCAUUAUUCUUGAACUUGAUACUGUACCCAUUACUGAAAUAUUUAUUCACUUCUUUUGGUCAAAUUAACCUUAAAAUGGCACUGCGGUUGUACGCAUUGAUACGAUCAGACGGUUAUUUAACCAAAGAUUACGAAACGUCGACUUUGUAUGUUGAUUUAAUAAACUGCUUUUGAAAAAUUGAUCACAUUUGGACGGAAGGUCACAAGUACACGUAGACUAUAAUUUGAAGUUGCUCCCUUGUGAAGGUAAGAUCGUGUCAUUUUCCCUUUGCGAAGACGCAAGUCGAAGGCUUAAUAGCAUGGUUCGUAGCGGUCUUUGAAUUCCUUAAUGUAACGGUUGUAUAUUUUGAAAUUUUUAGACACUGGUGGUCGAAAAUUAGACGAAUCUUUUGAGAGUGGACAAAAUUCUUUUAACAAAAGCGUUACGAUAGACAGCAGUCGAGUCUCUUCGUUGGAUAACAUACGAACAAUGUCAACAGUAAUUGCAGCGGAAAGGUAGGAUUUGGUUUCUACUUUACCUGUUGAGGCUAUGUUAGGAGUCUGGGCAAACAUUGUUUUGAAAAUACCUGAGAAUCUUCAUUAUUUCCUCAAAUGUUUCUAUGUUUGUCCAUGCCUUGGGAAAUAGUGUUCAUGAACUAAAAUGUUCAACGUUACUGGUCACGUGUUACUUCAGGAGGAAACGGAAUAGAAUCGGCGAUGUUUGGUAAAUUGGAUUAAAAAACAGUUAAACUUAGUGUUGAAAGAGAACUUGCCUUUGAAAGAAAAACUUAAUAUUUUAAUAGACACAGCUGUCAAUGAAAUUUUAUUAUCAAUUGUUUUGUCUGCAGUACAAAGCAGUUGUGAUGUGUGAUCAUUUUGUUAAAUAUAGAAACUUGUUCGAACUGUUCUCGGCAAUAGCAGGGCGGUUGGAGAGGUUUCCGUGUAAUACAGAGGUCACCUCGUGAUAAAUAUGUAUUUUCACUUAGGUUGCGAAGAACGCUCAAGUCUUUAGAGAAAGGAAUUUAUCCAACAAUGGAAGAUUUGCAAAGGCAGUUGACAUGCAUUGCCCUUCUCUUGGAUUCCAUAUCCACUUCCGAUGAAGAAAAGUGAGUUGUAAUAUUGUUGUCAAAGAUAAAAUAGUCCAGGCUAAGUAUGUUAUUAGGUAAGCGUUCAUUCUCGUACUCAGAGCCCUUCUUACGCGUGGUGCGACGAGGGGCUCCGGCCAAAUCCAUAUUCCGAACUGGCAUCUGAUUGGCUAGUUUUAACACCGGAUAUUGUUUUCUUACCAUGUUUUUAUGGUAUCCGGUUAUGGAUUUGGCCAGAGCCCCUCGUCGCACCGCGCGUAAGAAGGGCUCUGGGUACGAGAAUGGUAAGCGUUAUACUUGAUGUAAAGCGCAUUUAAUGAUAUCCACGUUGACCACGUGUAAGUUUGCGCUAUUCUUCAUUCAUUUCUUGCCAGGUUCCUGCUGGGACGAUGUGAGACGCCACGUGACAACAAUAACCCGGAUUUUGGUGAAUGCGUUCCUACGGAAGUUCAGAAAUGGCUGACAGCUACGUUCACGACUCAGUACCAGAUCUCUCGGAAUCCCGGUCGAAAUCAGAUCAGAUUUAAACACGUCAUAUGUGCUGUGAAAUGCAGUCUCUAUGUUGAAAAGUAAGUGUCCUCUCAAAAAUUGUCCGGCAAUCAGGCUGCAAAAAAUUCAGGCCGAUCAAUUAGCGCUGAGAGUCUAAGGGAUGGACCACUAUAUAUCCUGGGAGGGAAGGUAUUUCUUGCAAGAUUUUUUUAUUCGGAGCUUUGUCGAAUUAGAAUUUGCUUUACAUGCAUUAUUUUGGGAUCUGCCUCCCCCCCCCCCCCCCCCCCAGGAUAUGUAAUGUCCACCUAAUCUCAUUUCACUCACCGCUGUUCCACACACUAUUGCGCCUAAAUCUUUCCAAUCCUCAUUAUAAAUGUGUUUUAUUCAAAUGUUUUCAUUACGUUUUUCAAAUCUUGACAUCUGCUGAUUUCGCUGAUAAAUAUCUAUGCUAUUUAUACGUCGGUUUACAUGGCGCGUCCUCUUUGUGCCGCGACCGAGCAGUUUAUUUUAUAUCCAGUUUAUAACUUACUAAACUUUCACAUUGCUAACAAUAAAAUACUAAAAACUUUCUAAAAUUUAACAACUAUCGUUACACCCUGUUUCAUGCCUUUAGCCAAACGACUGAUUACAUCCAAUUCUAUGUAUCAUUAAUUGUAUAUAUAUUGUAUGGAUCAUUCUUCGAAAAACAAUGUUUAAUUAUUAAAAUGUUUUCAACAUUAUUUGAACAUUUAAAACAACGCAAGAUUUUCAAUUUCUGUAAAAUAUUUGUGACAGGAUAUUGAAGAUAAAACGAUAACUUUCAAAUUUUAAUAUAUUUAAAAAAUUGGAAAAAAAGCAGUUCUAGUCAGUUUCACUGCCGAGUUCGCUGAAAAAGCCGUUCAAUGCAUGGUAGCAUGUCUUAAGUGUGACUCUAUAUUAUUUAAGUAUUAUAAAAAGCGUUUUUAUACAUGCAAACAACCUUAUAACACAAUUGAAAGUAGAAUAGUUUGUAGUAUUUUAUAUAAAAACCUUAUCAAGGUCACAUAUUUAUAGCGUUUUUUUUUACUUGGAAAAGAGUGAUUUUCUCGUUAGAUCUCCAUGAGUGGUCCAUGCAUUAAAUCUAUAUAUGAGAUCAGUGAGCGGUUCUUACUGCAGGCUGCAAUUUGUUGAUGAACCGCUUUCUCAUCAACCUUGUCAUAUAUGGAUAUUGAGUAUAACUGUUCAAGUGUAUACGUAAUAUCUUAUAUCGAAUCUUAUGCGCUAAAAAAAGAUUUGAAAAUCGAAUACAUGAGAUUAUUUUGAAAUGCAUUCACUUAAAAGGAUCUCUUAUCUAAUACGAACACCUCUUAUUAAUACGAACAUUUUUCUAUUACGGGGGUUUCCAAUCGUCUGACAUACAUAUAGUUCUCCAAUUUUCUUUCAAAAAGCCUCCACAAAACGGACGCAUCUCCUAAUAUAGACAUUUUGUCCAAUCUCGCUCGCGCGCUCGGUGCUGUCACGUCACGUUGCUGUCACGUCAGCAUAUACAAUAUACGCACAAAAGUUUGGAUUUUUAAAUACGAGAAACCGUGUAAUUCAUGCGGGGUUUAGGGAAGUUGUACGCGUUCUUGCCAUAGAAAGGAGGUCCACUUACACGAAACGCCUAUAGUCAUAUACGAUUCUUAUCCUGGCAUAUGUACUCGAAUAAAUUCGUGUAAAGAUGUCACAUUUCAAAUUUCGUCAUAAAGUGAUGAACAGGAAUAUAGUGGCGUCAGCAGUCGUUUUCAUACGCCAGAAUGACAAUCGUACACGACUAGUUGCGUAAAUGCAGGGCCUAUAUAAAUCUUUAAAAUGUAACCGAUGGCGGUGCGGGGCUUAGGAAAGUAGUACACGCGUUCUUUCCAUAGGAAGGAAAUUUAUUUUCCACCGCGUUCUCUGUGACGCACAAAUCAGCAGUGCAUACUUGUGACGUAGUAUUCCCCCACACAUAAACCUCGUAUAGAAUAAAGCUAGUGUCGGUGAGCGCUUAAUGAUGACGUGGCAAUUUCCCCUCAUAAACAUGGCGUCAGAUUAUUGUUUAUUCACACGCCGAUAAGCAAACAUGACCUCAAACGGUUAAUGCUUUAAACUAUAAUAUAUAGGCGGCAAACAGAUUUACGGAGUUUUUUUAAAAGCGUCGUUUAGUAUAACACAGCUACUUAGGUUGUGUAGUAUUAUAGCGUUCAUGAGGAAACUUAAAAUGAUGGCAGUUAAGUACGUUCGUAAAAUUUAACAUAUUUCUUGACUUUAUCAAAUAAUUGUUAUUUAUAUCGCAUAAGUAGACUUUCUAAAACUCAUUGUAAGAAAAUCACGUAAUCUUAUUAGCCUAUAUGCGUUCGCAUGGCACUGAAUGAAAUGCGUAGUAAUUCUAGUAAAAAACUGCUAUAAGUGUUUCAUUACCGUCAUAAGGAAACUGGAAACUAAUUUGCUCAGAAAAAAUCUUUUCGCUUAUUUGAUUUACAGUUUAGUUUAUUUGUUUAGUUGUCAUUUAUCAUAUCGUUUAUAUUUUCCACUACUAGUUUUAAAAUCUGUUUGCCAGUAUAUUCUGGAUAGUUUGGUUUUCACUAUAUAAGUGUUGUAUCGUGCUGAAUAUGGUGGUAAACCAACACUUAUGAGAGCGAGAAAACAAUUUAGACAACUUUUCCUUGCUAAGGAACUUUGUUUCAAUGCUAGUCAUGCCGCCUUCUGCAAGGAAAAUUUGUCAGUUUGUACGAUCGCCAAGGAAAACCAGACAAGUGUACAAGAAAUUCUUCUAUGGUUUUGGAAAACCUGGCCUUGGCGUAAACCACAAAGAUGAAUUUAUUCUAAAACAGUUUUAUGUCUUUAUGUAGAAUCUACAAAGAAGUGUGUGGAAUUAGAAUCCCACCACUAGUCGAAUCGUUACUGAAGGUAUAUAUCAUUCACGAACCUCUUUGGCCUGCUAGGAAUAGUGUUACUGAUAUCUCAAACAUGGACAUUACGCUAUAUUGUGCUAUUCUCUGUUUUAGACUGUGGAUGAUUGGACUUGUGACGUUUUGGAGAUAGACAAAGCCAGCGGAGACCAAGCUUUGAGAUUUGUUGGUUUUGAAGUUUUCAGUAAAUAUGAAAUCACUGAAAAAUUUAAUGUAAGAUCCGUUUUGUUCCAUAUAAAAGUUAGGGCUGGUGUAGAGACUGAAGCCCAUUUUCCACUGGGCGAAUUUGUUCCCGCAAAGCGAAAAACAAAUCUUGGCAAUGUGCUUGGUCAGCGGAAAAAUUCGCCGCGAAAAAGUUGGAUCAGUUCCUUCUUUUUUACUGUUCGCGCGAACAAAUUCGCCUUGUGGAAAACGGCCUUAAGCUAUAAUUAUUUAUCAACUGGAUAAAUAAUAAAAUAAAUAAAUAAAUAAUAAAUAAUUAUAGCACAGGAUAGUUAUAUUAGAUCUAAAUUGUUCUCCCCAGUAUUUCGGUAUGAAGGCUGUCCCUUCAUAGUUCAAUGUUACUUCAGGAUGAAACUGAAAUAUUCAGAGAAAAUCUGCAGUGUACUGCAGUUUCCAUCGGUAAUAACACUGCAUCAAUAAAAGAUAAUCCUUACUGGAUCUCUAGGGAGAAUAGUUUAGAACUGACAGAGCUGUCCAGUAUAAAUAAAGUUAGUUUAGUUUAGGUUUCCUCCUGUAGUAAAACUGGAUCAAUAAGAGAUGAUCCUUACUGGAUCUCUAGGGAGAACAUGCAGUUUAGAACUGACAGAGCUAUGCAGUAUAAAUAAAGUUAGUUUAGUUCUACGUUUAGUUCUUUUAGGUAGUUUAGUUCUUUUAUUUACAAAAAGUGAAAUUUCAUUUUAGAUCCCAUCAUCAAUGUUAGAUCAUUUUCUGCAUGUUGUUCAAACUGGUUAUCUGAAAUAUCCCAAUCCUUAUCAUAACCACUGCCAUGCUGCUGAAGUGCUGCAGACUGUUCAUUACAUGUUGAUGAAGCUGGAUGCUGCGGUAAGCCACGGUCGCUUAAUCAGGACACAUCAUCCGUGAAAGAUGAGUAAUCCGUCUGGGGACGAUCUGUGUCUUGGAACAAAUCAUGUCUGAUGGUAUAUUUCUAUACACUGAAGAGGCAUCAUCUUUUAUUUUAGAUUGCUUUGACUGAAAUUCAGAUAUUUGCCAUCCUGUUUGCCGCCUUAAUUCACGACUAUGAACAUACGGGAAAGACUAAUUUGUAUCAUAUAAAUACAAGGUAAUCUGCCUAAUAAAGCAUAUUAUGAUUGACUGAGAAAAAUAAUGACAUCACAGCCAUCUAUUAGAAGAACGGAAUUAUUGGAGUAAUCAUUUCUGUUUCACUGUACAGGUCGGAAUUAGCAAUGCUGUACAACGAUAGAUCAGUUCAAGAGAAUCAUCAUAUUAGCGCUGCUUUUUCACUUCUUAAUAGGGUGAGUUUUAUUUUGUCUAGAUAUUGAAUAUUGAUAGUGGUUUACGGAAACAGAAAUAUGCUCAAAAUACUGUAUUCUCUUUUCAGCAAGAAAUUAAUAUAUUGGGAAAUUUAAGUUCAACAGAAUAUAGGUGAGGAAAUCACAGCGAAUGCCUUUCUAUAAAUGAUAUUAUUACAUUACUUCUGUACUUAUGUGACGGUUUAAUUAAAUCUCUGCAUUCUACUCAAUGUUCUUGUUUUGUUUCAGUGAGCUACGAUCCUUGGUGAUAAGUAUGGUGUUGGGGACAGAUAUGUCCCUGCACUUUGAACAACUAAAGACAGUCAAAGCAAGUUUAGUGAGCACAGACAUGUAAGGAUGACCUUCAUCAUUUUUUUACCAACUAGCUACCACCAUCAUGAGUACAGUCAUGAGUAUCAUCGUCACCAUCAACCAUCACCACCAUUAUAUCAUUACUAUCAACGCCAUCACCAUCAUCACUAUCAUUACCAUCACUAGUUACAUCACCAACAAACAUCACCUUCAAUACCAUCAUUAUCACCACUAUCAUCACACCACCAUUUAUCAUAGGGAACCACCAUAGUUAUCAUCAUCAGCAUCACCACCACCACCAUCACCACCACCAUCACAUCAUCAUCACAUCAUCAUCACCAUCAUCACCAUCAUCAUCAUCAUCAAUUGCCACCAUUAUCACUACUAUCAUCACACCACCAUUUAUCAUAGGGAACCACCAUAGUUACCAUCAUCAUCAUCAUCAUCAUCAUCAUCAUCAUCAUCAUCAUCAUCAUCAUCAUCAUCAUCAUCAUCAUCAUCAUCAUCAUCAUCAUCAUCAUCAUCAUCAUCAUCAUCAUCAUCAUCAUCAUCAUCAUCAUCAUCAUCAUCGUCAUCAUCAUCAUCAUCAUCAUCAUCAUCAUCAUCAUCAUCAUCAUCAUCAUCAUCAUCAUCAUCAUCAUCGUCGUCAUCAUCAUCAAUUGCCACCAUUAUCACUACUAUCAUCGUGAUCAUUACCAUCGUCACCAUCACCAUCAUAAUCAUCGUUCCACUCCAUUAUAAUCCCAACAUUUUAACUAACCGCUGUCGUUGACCUAUUUUAGCAGCACAUUUGUGCCAACAAAAUGCUUGCCAUUUGUGCUACACUGUGCGGACAUCUGUCACCCGGCUAAAGAAUGGUCUGUACAUAAGAAGUGGACAGACAGAGUGAUGGAAGAAUUCUUUGAGCAGGUAUGAAUUCAAAUCAUUGACAGAUUUGAAUCAAAGAAUUCAAAUCAACAUAAUCUUUCAGUCCGUCUUAGCUGAUUUUGAAUUUGCAAUCAAGAAGAAUAUUCUUGACCUGGUUUCCUCCCGUAGUAACAUUGGAGCAAUAAACGGCCUUUACUACUCGUCCAGCCUUUCUGUUUAAGACGUAUGUUCUCGUUUUCUAGGGUGAUGCUGAAAAAGACUUGGGGCUGCCAUUAUCUCCACUUUGUGAUAGAAAUACAACAGUUAUACCAGAAAGUCAAGUUGGUAAAUAAUAACUAGUUCAAAUACUAUCCAUGCUUUUACUCAAAGUAAACGUUUUAGCUUACGUAAACGUUUAGUUGUUUCGCUAUCCUCGAAUCUCUUUUAAAUGACAUAUCGUUUUCUGUAAGUAAAAAAUCUUUGUCUUGCGUACCAGGUUUUAUCAGUUUAAUCUUGGCGCCCGCAAUGGACGUCUGUGGUGAUGUGCUUGAUCGACUAAAACAGUUCGGAGAAGAUAAAUUGAACGACAACAAACUCGUGAAACAAUCUAAAAGCUCUCCGCGAGAGUCGAUCAAAAUAGGAAUCGGAUUGCCGGACAACUUUGAAAGAAAGUGCUUUGUAAAUAAAGUGUGGACGAAACAUUUAGUUGAAAAUCGUAAAAGAUGGCAGGAUCUAUGUCAUUCAGGUAUGUUUAGGAAAAUUUAAUCCACUUUUAAUAGUGAGUAAUUCUAAAGUUCCAGAUGUAAUAACACUGAACCUGACUUUCAGGAAUAAUUGAUAUAGAAAAUGUUAGUUAAAUAUAGACACACACGCAUACAAAUACAGAUGAAAACAUAACCUCCUGUAGGAGAUAACAUAGCUAGCUUUAGUUUAGCCCUAAUGUUUUGUUAUCUUUUGUAGAAAUGCCAUGA